GUUUAACAUUGUCGUGGGUCGAGGGAUUGCCAGGCCAGGAGCACCCAAGGUUUCAGGAAUGAUGAAAGUGAUUCAUCCUGAAGAUCCACAAAAUGAACAAUUGAGGCUGACAACAAAAUGUUGCAAUAUAUCCGCAAGGCUCCAACCAGCCUGAAGCAAGAAUCCUUAUUGGGGUUUGUGUAGACAGGAGAACUUUCAGGAGUUAAAAGUGAUACUUCUGCUUGUGUCCAACUUUCUGAAGCUUAUUUCACAGUCCUUUAUAGUACUAUAUGGUUUAGGUUCAGGGCUCACAAAUCUGGAUAUCAGGAAAGAAAUAGUACAGUGAACAAGAAAAAAAACUUUGUGGGCACACAUUCCUCUGAUCUUAAUACCGUUUCCGGUAAUCUGUAAACUGCUAAAGAAUUCUGCCAGGCCAAUUCAUUCCAUUAUUAUGUGUUAUUUAAGUAUUGUAUCUUUUAAUAUAUUAUCUUAAUUCUGUUUUGUAAUAAGUUUGUAAUGUUUAAUUCCCAUCUUUUAUAUAUUGUUAGUAAUUAUGGCAUUGAAUGUUUGCCUUGUAUAUGUAUGUGAACUGCCCUGAGUCCCUCUGAGGAGAGAGGGCGGUCUAGAAAUAAAGUAUUAUUAUUGUUAUUUAUUUAUUUAUUUAUUAUUUAUUUAUUUACAGCAUUUAUAUUCUGCCCUUCUCACCCCGAAGUGGACUCAGGGCGGAUCACAUUACACAUAUAGGCAAACAUUCAAUGCCUUUUAACAUAGAACAAAGACAAGACAAACAUAGGCUCUGAGCGGACCUCGAACUCAUGACCUCCUGGUCAGAAUGAUUCAUUGCAGCUAGUUGCAUCUGGCUUGCGCUCCCGCCUGCACCACAGCCCUCUUCAUUUAAAAAUCAUAUAUCUUUCUCAGUCCCCAAUGUUGCAGAUGUCCUUAAAUCCCUUGAACAUGGACCGUUGUUAGGUUAUUUGUAGAUUUUCUUGAAAUUUACCAACACUUUUAAAAUAUAUACCCCUGAAGUAUUCUCCAGCAUACAAAACCUCUACGUUAUUAUCAGGUAGCCAAACUUUACAGCUCAACUGAUCAUUAUAUCCAAAUUCAGUAUCAAAAGGGAUGUGCUGUUUUAAUAAUAAGCUUGUUUUCUUUGCUCAACUGGCUUUUGGUCAAAUGAUUCUUUAGAUAGCUAAUAAGAAUGUUCAUUUAUUUAGUACUAAAUAUAUAUUGAAAUGCUAUCCGUUUGAAGUUAUGUUUUAUUUUGAUAAUCUUUGUAUACAUUGAAAAAAUACAGGUUAAGUCCAAGGGCAUGAGAUUCUUUUUUCUUUUUAAAAGAUGGAUUUGUCCUAGAAACACGGUUGUCUUUAUCAAGGAACAAAGGAUUAGAAGAUUGCGUGUAUUUGGUCCAAAAGAAGAAGUAAUUAUUGAGCCAGUUCAAACAAAGCAAUGCAUGGGAUGUGGAAAUGAAUCUUCAAGCAGAUCUUACACUCCAUCAAAGCAAAUCUUGUUAUGUGCAGCCAAAUCAUUAGACAAAGAAAAUGCUUUAACAAGAAUUUCAAAAAAUAUGAAUAUGAAUGUGGGACUACAAGAAUGCAUAGAAGAAGAAACAGAAAUUCAUAAUGAUCAACAUUUGAAGCCUGAUUUGGAGGGAUUGAAUCAUGAAACUAAAAUAAUUGAGGCUAAGACAGAAUCAGAAGGAAAUGAUGAAGAAAUGAAAAAUUCUAAUAAUGUGGAAACGAUUAGUAACAAUGAGGUCACAGCAGAAAUUCAAAAGGACAACGUGGAUAAACAAACUGCUGAUGAGAAGCCGCCAGAUAGUUCAGAUGAUGAUGACAGCAAUGGACAAAGUGACAAUAAAGUGAAAAAGAGAGUUGCACCACUGCAAUUAAUGGCAGAGUUUCUGAAAGCAAUAAUGGGACGGAAAUACCUUCUUGCAAAAAAACUGUGUCAGAUGAUUCUAAUAUAUGAACCAGAAAACCCUGAGGCCAAGCAGUUUCUUCCACUUAUUGAGCAAAAAUUGCUGUUGGAAAGUGAACAAGCUGCUGAAGAAGAUGGUGAAGAAACUGGUGAAGAAACCGAUGAAGAAAGCAGUGAUGACAGUGAAGAUAACAGCAAUACAGAUAACAGUGGGACUGAAAGUGAAGAAAGUUCUGAAGAGUCUGAUAAAAAUACCUAAACAUUUUUAAAUGCCCCAAAUUGGGUUUUUUAUUCCAUUUGUUUUGAAAUACGUGCUUUACUGAAUUGGUUCACUUGAACUAAUGUUUAAUAACAAUAGUCUCAAGUCCUAUCUCUUUUUGUUAUAAUUACAUUGCUUCCAGGACUCUACUGUUUCAAAUAGAUAUUUUAUGUACAAACACACUGAUCAUGACCUCUCCUAAAUGCAUUAUUUGAUUAGCAGUUUGUGAGAUGAAAAACAGCAGUGAGUAAGAUGGAAAUUGCCCUUGAGGUAAAUUAUUUUGGUCUUCAGAGCUCAUAUUGUUCCUGGGAAUGGGAGUCAAAACCAUAGUAAAACCCUAGUCCCUAGAAUCUAGCCAUUUAGUGAUCUUGAAAGUAUAGUGCUAGAGGUUUGAUCACAAAUCAUUGCUGUAAUUUUUGAAUCCUUCUGUCCUCAAGGAUCAAGCACCUGCUCUUCCCUGCCUCCUUCCCUGUCCCAGUCUCUUAAAGCACUGGUAUUCAUAUUCAUGCUGGCAUGGGGUGGACAUUUAUGUGCCUGUAUUUGUAUACAGUACUCAAGGAGUUGCAGAAAUCACAAAUGUUAGUGCAAUAUCCAUUUUUAUCUUCUCCAACAAAAUUUCAGCAGAUUGGCUGGAUAGUUGGAUGAGGUUGAGUAGUAAUUCAUAAGACUGUGAAGUUUAGAUGAUUAAUUGGCCUAGUUAACUGGUCAUAUAUGAUAAAAAGAUUAAAUAUUAUCCCUAGUUAAUCAAGACCUCAGAAUCCUCCCACCUGACACUAGAGUUUUAUCAGUGAAGGAGGUUCUGCCAAGAUUAUCAGGGAUCUGGUCAAGGGACCACUAAAUCAUCUCUUUCCAGAUGUUAUCUAGAGAAAUACUAUUAGGCAUUAUGUGAAUGUUCUUUCUUUUAGCGUGUGUGCAUAGUUUGUGUACAAUACUAUGUAAUGGCUUGUGUUUUGUCAGAGAGCUGGUAAACCUUGACAACAUUAGUUUUCUUUAUUCCAAAUGUUAUUUGUACUACUUUGCUGCUAAAGUUAUUUCAGUCAUUUUGGAGUGAGUCUGUUCUCCUUUUCUUUGAUAAGAAAUAGACUCUCAGCCUCUGUGUUGCUGUGACAAUGGCAGCUAGAAAGCUAGGGGAAAACCUUCGAUAGUAGGCUCAGCUCUAAAUGACAUUGUAAGUUCAAAGAGAAAUUGUAACAGCUAAAAUACAAAGAUAGGCACUUCAUCAAGUCACAAGAUGGUCUUAUUGACAGGAGCUGCACCCCACACAGAUAAGAAGCUGCCAAGUCAGUGCCAAAAGUUUCCUGUCUUAUUCCAAAUGUGUGCAUGCUUAGCAAACAACUGUGCUCAUGUUCAAGGUAUAAACAUACUUAAUUUCAUCCUGUACCAUCAGGAUGCUCUUUGUAGAAGUGGGAGAUUUCAAAUUAAAUUUAGCUAUUUCCAAUUUUUAGGUCUGAAAACAGUUUGGUAAAGUAUUUCGUUAUUAUUAUUUUGAUGUUGUGAUGCAUGUUCCCCAAACAUGCACAAAAUCAUUAAUAAAAAUACAAUAGUUACAUAUAAGUAAUUUUCCCUACUAUGCUAUGUUUUAAAUAUCAUUUUAGAAAUUAUCACAAUCUUAUUCGUUAUUACUAAGGAUAUUUUUAAACUGUCCAGAUUAUUUGUGUAUAAAUAAUAAAUAUUCUUAAGGAAUGUUAUAGUAGAUGAUCCUCGCUAUAUAAUCACAUUGAGUAUAUUGUUCCCUGUAUUGAGAGUGCAGCUCAAUAGAAUUUAACCUUUUCUCCUCCCAUCCUCUUAAGUAUCUGAAAGUAGCAUGCCAAAGCCAAUGUAGAAGAUAGAAAUGUUGAGCAUAUCUCUCACAUCCUCAUAUAGGUGUCUUCCACUGAAGAGUACUGUAUCUGGAUAUAAAACAUAGCUAUGUAAGAAUCAGAUCCAUAUUUUUCUUCUUCUUGGAUCAAUUAUAGUUUUCAAAUAUUUUUCUUAUAAUGCAAUUUGGGACCAUGGAACAUUUCAUGGAUAAAUUGGAGUGGAUCAUACUCAGAAUAAAGAUACCCAGGUUACUUUUCCCACUU